UGUUGGAUGUCUUACUUUGAUUUUGGCUCCAUUAUUUAGUCAGUUUUGCUAGAUGAAAAGUUCGCAGUGAUUAUGUAGUGUAUUGUUAUUAUUAUGCAGAGUCUAGAUGUCUAGAUUUAAAACUAAAAUUGUGUUAGAAAUGUGGAAUUUAAACACAUGAAUCGUCUAGCCAUGCGUGAUCGGGACUGGAUAUCAGAAUGCUCCAGCAACGUCCUGAUAGAAUUAGCCGAGUCCAUAAUUUACCCAGGAUUGCUGGCGGUAGCCAUUGUGUUCGGAGUGUUUUUUGGAAUUGUAGCUGCAUCUCUGCUAUACGUGUUUUUCGUGAAGCCUGCACUUCUAAAGCGAAAGUUUCAGGGCUACGAUGCCAAAAAGCUCUUUGAGACAGAUGACUUGGACAAGGAGGACAAUCAAAGUGAUUGUGUCAGCGUGGGAAAGAAAGCAGGCCAGGCCACGGCACUCAACGAAAGGGAAAGAAAACAGAUGCCCACGAACAGUGAUGUAGCUGCCUUUGCCUUAAAGGCGAAGGUGGUGUACCCCAUCAACCAGAGAUACAGACCGCUGGCGGACGGAGCCUCCAAUCCGUCGCUCCAUGAGAACUCCAAGCUGGCGAUGCUUCCCAACCCAGAGUCCUCCUCCUCCUCCAGCCUGGAGUCGCUGAGCCAGGACAACGACGAGGACAGCAGCCAGUUUGUGUCCUCGUCCCCGAUCCCCAACACCUUCCAGAAUGAGAGGUUCAUCAGGGUCAGCUGUUUCCCGGAAACCCUGACCUGCGCAGGGUUUGAGGGCAGGAUCAGCCUCUACUGUUUGGGGCUCCAAAGCUUCCAGCACCUGUGUUCUGAGCUCCAGGAAGAGAAACACAUGUUCUAUCUGCAGAUUCUCAGAAUUCUCUUCAAUGAGUGUUUUCACAAGGAGAAGAUUGAUUCAGCCUUCUACAGCAAUGUUCUUCUGAUGCAGGAGAGGGAAAUGCAGGAAUUGAAGAAAGAGCUGUCAGUGAAGUUAUUCAACUCUGAGAGAAAGGAAGACCCAAAUUCAGCAUACUGUACACUGGAAGAGGUUGAACGAGCUGGGAAAGACAAACUGGAGCAUGGGCUUCAAAUGCUAAUCGGGUUCAGCAGGCUGUUGGAGCGCCUCUGUCAGCACCUCCACAGGAGACCCACUGUGCUCCCCAGGGAGGAGGCGGGGGAGAUGACACGCACCCUCAUCCACAGCCUCCUGCAGGUGGAGAAUCAGCUGGCCGAGUUCCAGACUGCCGACAUGAAGGGCGUUCAGGAGAAGCUGCUGUGGUGGGAGGAGCUGACAGGCUGGCUGCAGUUGCGGCCGGCUCUGCUGAAGCAGGAGGCGGUGUGCAGGCUGAGGGUGACGGCCAAGGCCCUGGAGCAGCUGACCAGCGACGGGCAGCUCAGCUUCACCAGCAUGGAGAGCAUGCUGUCAGAGCUGCAGAGCGCCAUGAGAGAGGAGCUACAGCGCUGCAGCGAGGAGUGUAUCAAGCAGACAAAGGAGCUGGUGAAUGAGAAGUCGAGGAAGAUCGAUGCGAAGAGGAAGAAGCUGAUGAAGAGCCAGGCUAAAGAGAGGGCCCGGGCCCUGGAUGCCGCACAGCAGCUGAGGGACCCCCUGGAGUUUGUCAAGGUGUACCAGGAGCUGAUGAGAAAACAGAGGAAGGAGAGCAGUGAUCUGACGGAGCAGCAGGAAUGGAGAGUGACCGAGGCCAUGUGUGAUUUAUGGAAGAAAAUCCACUCCUCCUGGUCAGAGAAGCUUGCAGACCGGGUGAAGGACCUGUUCCUGACCGCUCUUCCCGGUCAGACCCAGCUCACAGCAGACUGGUGUGACCGGCUGAGGCAGGAGACUGACCGUGACCUGAGCGGUCAGUUGCAGAGAGAGGAGGCCACUGCCAAACAGCACCUGGAGGGGCUCCGGGAGCAGCUGGACCUGGACAGGCAGAUGUGGUUGGAGGAGGAGGCUCUGGUCUCAGCCUGUUUGAGGCACCUGUGUGAGCAGCAGAUGAAGAUUCUCAGGGGGAUGUCAGUUAGGCAGAGAGACUUGCAGGAAAGUUAUACAGGCAGGCUGCUGGAGGAUAAACAUCGCCUCCUACUGGCAGCAGUGCAGAGACAGUUCAUGGCACGUCACUUCACUCUGAAGGCCCUGAAGGAGAUGAGGCUCUCCAGGCUAAAAAUGCCCCCCCUGAGUGAUUCCAGGGUGGUGGAGCUGGAAGACUCCAGCAAGACCCAGCACACUCCUAACCUCCUCCCCAGAGCUGUCCAUAAGGACUCUGGCGCAAGUGAGGCAGAGAGGCGUCUUGGGCCAGAGACUCAGUUGAUUGGUCAGGGGUUCCAGCAGGAGUUCCUAUCAGAGCUGGACACGGGGGCGGAGCUUCUUCAGGAGCACGCUCAGCUGUUGGUGGGCCACGCCCUCGCCGACAGCGUUCGUCAGCAGGGUGACGCUCCACCCACAGUGCAGCCCAACUCAAAGGAAAGCGACAGCAGGAAGCUCCACCUGGCUGAGGCGGCUUCAGAGAGCGUGUAUGUGACCCGAGACAACGUCGGUGCCUUGAUCCACAGCUACUACACCCAGAUCCAGAGCAUCACCAAGUGCCUGAAGCAGGACCAGGAGCAGCGCCUGCGGUGCUUCGGAGGUGAUCUGGGAUCAUGCACUCUGCAGUCUUUACACAAGCGUGGGCAACAGGGUAGAGCAGGGCGUAAGACAUUUAUAGCCCAGACGUUUGAUUCCAACAUGGGGGCACUUCUGUAUUGCCCAGUUGAAGGCGUGGACCUGAGGAGCUUGUGUUUGUCCUCAGAGGGCUGUGACAGGUCUAGAGACUGGACUCUACUGAGCAAGGCCCUGUUGAAGGAGCUAGCCAACUGGGGGAGGAAGCCAACGUCCAGCGAGUUUCACCAGAGGGUUGAAAUUCAGAAGAAGAAGAUCCAGGCCCAGUAUGACUGUGAUCUGGAGACAGCGUAUGGAAUACUGAGACAGAGGACUUUUGAGGUUAAUCGCAUGAGAGAGAACCUCAAAGUGCAACUUCAGGAAGCAGAGGAGACCUUCAUGACUGAACUGGCUGCCCUUGCCAGAGUACCUCUAUCCAGCAGAGAGUCCAAGCACACAGACAGCCACACAGGGGCAGCGUGUCCUGUGACAGCCGAGGCCAUGCCCGUGUGUCUGUCUGUCUCAGGCUGUGAGGACGGACAGACAGAAUGGAAGAGGAGUUCUAGUAAAGACAGCUGCGGUGUCCCUCAAAGCCAUGUAAAUCUCAGGGCCGACAGAUACAUCCUAUCCUUUUCCACUGGGAACACCACCCAUGCUGAGAUUGAAGAGUGAUAUUCCUC